AUGGCGACCCUGGCAGAGAAGCUCGAGAAAAUUAAGUCUCCCAGACUCCAGAAUCAGCACCAUACUGCAGUGGUGCUCUCCGCAGUGGAAGAUACCCUCCGCGACCAAAAAGCAGAUUUUUCUCCUACCGCUUAUUUUGCGGCGCUUCUUGCGCUGUUGACACAGUCGCUGUCUUCUUCCCAAGGCAUCGUCAAUAAGGACUUGGCUACUUCCGUCGUCUAUCUUCUGGACAUCACCGCGGCCUAUGUGCCCGCCCCUCUUCUACGUUCCAAAUUCUCCCAGAUCCUCACCAGUCUCGCUCCCGCCCUUACAUUGCCGGAUGUUGAAGCACCGUUGUUGAGACCGUCUGUCGGCUGUCUUGAGUCACUGCUCAUCGCUCAGGACUCUGCAGCAUGGAAUUUCCCGCACAGUCAGGUUGGGCCGCGUCGGGCCAUUGCUGGGUUAUUGGGUUUGGCGGUCGAUCACCGUCCCAAAGUGCGCAAAAGGGUGCAGGAGGCAUUGAUCAAAAUUCUCAAGAAUCCCCCACCCAGUCCCUCUCUUGACCAUCCAGCGGCCGACAUGUGUGCCGAGACGUCUCUGCGGACGUUGAGCGACAGCAUUGCUGCGGCGUCGAAGCAGAGGAAGGGCGGCCGUCAUGGUAGGGAAAAUAACGAGCCUUUAGUGGUCCACUCAUUGCAGUUGGUGAAGACGGUCGCCGUGGCAUCUGGAGGCUGGCCGAGUAGGAAGAUCGAACCGCUCUGCGAAUUGCUCAUGAAUGCAUCAAGAUCAAGCAACGAGUACAUCACAAUGGGUGCGUUUGAGGUCUUUGAGGUCAUCUUUGAGAGUGUAGCGGACGAGUUUUCCUCCUCAAAGCUCCCUCGUCUCCUGGAUGCCAUAUCGGAGCUGAAACCCGCGCAGAACGACUCCCAGCUUCUCCCACCGUGGAUUGCGGUGCUAUCGCGUGGCUACGAGGUGGCCGCCCAUGUCAACCCGGAAGAUACGUUCGAGAAACUUCCAGAGUUGUUUAACUUGGUAUCUACCUUUCUCGCGUCUCCCUCGCACAAUGUCCGGAUUUCGGCGUCUGAAUGCCUCAUCUCGUUCUUGGCCAAUUGCGUCCCAGGCAGUGUUAUCGUUGAACCGUCAGUGUACGACGAGAAAACUCUCGAAAAGCUGGCCUACGCAGCGACAGACUUGCUUUCCAUCAAAUACCAAGCGGCGUGGGCUGAAGUGUUCAAUGUUUGCUCAGCUAUGUUUGACAGCUUCAAAUGGCGCUCCAGCCCGUUUCUGGUAGAUAUUGUCAAGACGAUAGGGGAUCUGCGCAGCAAUGAAUCCUUCCAUGGGAAAAAGCAGGCGGAUGCUGUUCUAGGAAGCGCCGUGCAUGCGAUGGGUCCCGCGGCAGUCUUGGAGAUCUUGCCAUUGAACAUUGCUCAGCAGAAGGCCGGACAACCUGGUCGAGUCUGGCUGCUGCCUAUCAUUCGAGAUAAUGUAUCUAACACAAAUCUCGGCCACUUCCGCUCUGAGCUUGUUCCUCUGAGUGAAUUCCUCUAUAAAAAGGUUGCCGAGUACGGGAGCGCUGAAAAGACCGUCGAGGUGAAGAUCUUCGAAACGCUCAUCCAGCAAACUUGGGCUACUCUUCCAGGCUAUUGCGAAUUACCCUUGGAUUUGGUCGAAGCCUUUGAUCAAAGCUUUGCCGAACUUCUUUCCAAUGUUCUGUACAGCCAGACGGAGCUGCGGGUCGAUAUCUGCCGAGGAUUGCAGAACCUGGUGGAGUCCAACCAAGCAAUUCUGUCCGUGGAGGCUGACAAAGAUGAUCUGAUUCUUCAGAGGAGGAUUACAAAGGAUGCUGCAAUGAAAAACAUUGCUCAUCUGGCUGGCUUUGCUAGUAACCUCCUGGCUGUCCUGUUUAACGUGUAUAGUCAAACACUUCCACACUACAGGGGCUACAUCCUUCAAUGUAUCAAUGCCUAUUUGAGCAUCACCCCUGAAAAUGAGCUAAAUGACACAAUUGUCCGGGUGACUUCGAUGCUUGAGUCGUCUCUAAAAUCUGAGCAGGAGGCGGCCAAGCAAGGCAACCAGCAGACUGGUUCUGCAGACAAGAUGCCACCUACAUCGCAUACGCUUAUGGACCUGGUCAUCACUAUGUCCAUCUAUCUGCCGCGCUCAAGCUUUGCGGGCCUCUUUUCACUAGCUUCUGUCAUUCUCAAUGGCGAGGAAUCGGACCAACAGCUGGUUAAAAAGGCUUACAAGUUGAUCCCUCGAUUAGCAACAACAGAGACAGGGAGAGACGCACUCCUUGAGAGGAGCGGUGAGCUCCAGAGUCUCAUCCUUGCGACGGCCGAUAAGACUCCGUCCUCUGCCCGUCGGGAUCGUCUGCUAGCUAUUCACGAGGUUGUCACAUACCUGCCAACGUCGGAUCUACAUUUUAUUCCAGCUAUUCUUUCUGAGGCCGUCCUCGGCUGCAAGGAGAGCAAUGAGAAGGCCAGAACAGCUGCGUUCGAGUUGCUCAUUCAUCUUGCAAAGAGGACGAUCGACCCUGAGCGGAACCCCCCAGGCACCAAGAUUCGGAAUUCUCUGGUGCCGCAUAUGCCCAACGAUGCACCGGACGCUCCAGCGACACUUGAGGAGUUCUUUACCAUGGUAUCGGCUGGUCUAGCUGGUAGCUCGCCACACAUGGUUGCUGCGUCUGUGGCGGCGCUCUCACGCCUGUUUUUUGAUUUCCACACUCAGCUACAGUCGGCGAUGCUCGCUGACCUUGUUCAGACAGUCGAACUGUUCCUUACCAGCAACAACCGAGAGAUCGUAAGGUCUGUCUUGGGCUUUGUCAAGGUUGCAGUUGUUGUACUCCCGGAGGAUACGCUUCGUCCUCGUCUCAAUUCGUUAGUCCCAAACCUGAUGGUGUGGAGCAAGGAACACAAGGGACGUCUCCGCAGCAAGGUCAAAGGUAUCCUCGAUCGACUAAUGCGCAGAUUCGGCGCUCCCCUCCUGGAAGAACUAGUCGGCGAAUCCGACCGGAAGCUGGUGGUGAACAUCCGCAAGCAGCGCGAGAGACGCAAGCGAGCGAAGAAAGAAGGCGAAGCCGGCGAGGAUGAGGAAGAAGAAAACCAAGGCACUGGCCAGCAGAAGAACCGCGGCAGCGGCGGUAAAUCGUUUACCAACGCCUUCGACAGUACCGUCUACGGCUCCGACUACUCGGAUGAUUCCGAUGCGGAUGAUGAUGACGCAAGCCAAAUCGACAUUGACGAAGAAGGCAACACGCAGAGCAAACGAUCUUCCAAAGCAAAUCGAAAGACAUCCAAGCAAGGCGAGCAAUACAUUCGCGAACUAUCACCAGAGGAUAACCCUCUUGACCUGCUAGCGCCCGAAGCCCUGGCCAACAUUUCCACAACCAAGCCAAGUGUUAGGUUCCUCGACACGGGCCCGGGAUCGAAGAAGAAGAACCGACCGGCCAAAUUUGGCCCUGAUGGCCGCCUCAUCAUCAUCGAUGAUGACGACGUUGAAAUGAGCGGCGGUCUCCCUGCCGAUGGUGCCGAGGAGCAAGCAGGAGAAAGUAGCGUCAACGCAUAUCUCGCUGCGGUGAGCGGACCUGACGCUAUUCGCCGCGGCCAGAAGGGCAAACUGAAAAUAUCACAAGCCCAGAAACGGAAGAAGGACCGUGAUGCGGACGGUAUGGACCUUGACGACGACGACAAUGAUGACAAUCAAAAAAAUGCUUCUGCUAAGGGAUCCAAUCCCAACGGCCGUCGUGGACUAGGAAUUCCCAAAACUCAUGGACCCAGUGGAAGCGGUCGUGUAAUGAAGAGGAACCCGAAUAAGAACAGGAGCGGGCGGAACUUUAGAGUCGGGAAGAGGAGGUGA